CAUCUAUAAAACAUAACAGCUCUCUUCUUCCAACCCAUUCGAGGGUAACUGGGUGGGAUUGAAAGCACGCACCCCUCUCAUUUUCAAUCUUGAUUAAUCGUUAGCAAGUAAAAAGAUGGUGAGGCUUACAGCAGAUUUGAUAUGUAACAAAAGCCCCCAUUUCUUCAAUGCUGUUGCUGACCGUGAACUUGAUCUUCGAGGAAACAAGAUUGCUGUCAUAGAGAACUUGGGUGCAACUGAGGAUCAAUUUGACACUAUAGAUUUGUCAGACAAUGAGAUUGUGAAGCUCGAAAACUUCCCUCAUUUGAAGAGACUUGGUACUCUGAUCAUUAACAAUAAUAGGAUUACUCGUAUCAGCCCUAAUCUCGGAGAAUUCUUACCGAAGCUGCAUACUCUUGUUCUUACUAACAACCGACUUGUUAACCUGGUGGAGAUUGAUCCUCUUGCAUCCCUUCCAAAGCUCCAGUUCCUGAGUCUGCUGGAUAACAACAUUACCAAAAAGCCUAAUUAUCGCCUUUAUGUUAUUUACAAAUUGAAACAACUGCGCUUGCUGGAUUUUAAGAAGGUUAAGCAUAAGGAGAGACUUGAAGCUGAGAAUAUGUUCUCUUCAAAAGAAGCCGAGGAAGAGGCUAAGAAAGAAUCCACCCAGACAUUUGUACCAGGAGAAGUCCCCGAUGCCAUUGAGACUUCAGAGAAUGUGAAGGCGCCUAAAGCCGUUGCUCCAACGCCUGAGCAAAUUAUAGCUAUUAAGGCUGCAAUUGUGAACUCUCAGACUCUGGACGAGGUUGCAAGGCUUGAACAGGCAUUGAAGUCGGGCCAGCUUCCUGCAGAAUUUAACAUUCCAGGUGACAAAAACGAUAACAAUAUGGAUUUGGAUGCUCAGAAUGAAGCUAACACCGUGUUGGACAAUACUAAAGAUAAGUAAUUGGAUAGUGAGAUGGAGCCGAUCGAAGAGGAUUAAAGAGUGCCGGUGGAUUUUGAUAUGUUCUUCUCUGUCCACUCUUGAGAGUGACGGAAGCGGAAAUUAGAUGGAACAGGAUGAUGAUUCAAGAAAAUGAUUGUAUUACCCUCUGCAAAAGGAAACUAGACAUACAGUUUUAGUGUAGAAUUUUGAGUAAUGGAAUUGAGCGGUGAAGUUGAUGGUGAAACACAUUUUAGUUUAAACUGGUCAGUUCAAGAUGAGCCACCUCCUAUUUCUUUGUGGGCUGGGGUUGUGAACAUCUUACAAAUUGUUAUUCCAUUGUUCUUUCUGUCUAUAUUAUUUCUUCUUUCUUGUCCGCCUAUAA